AGGGAAAAGGAAAGAAUUGGAAAAACUUUUUGUACCGGUAAACAGCCUGUCACUUAACCUUCAUCCCUGAGAGCCAACUUGUGGUUGUCAUGUGUGUGAGCGAGAUUUUCCACCUUUCUCCUAGGAUUUCGAUGUAAUAUCGACAUGUUUGUUUUAUUAAAACACGACUAAGUUCAUCAGGAGGACCUUAAAGGUUCCUCUUAAAGUUGGCUAACUUAUUUUAGCUGGUCCUUCAGCAAACAAGCCGAGACCUCCUGCUUUUUCCCCCUCAAACUCACACACACAAGAGAGAGAGAGAGAGAUGGCCGGUGUGACACUUCAGGCUGGCUGCUUGCGGAGUCUUCCUGAGGGCGACCUUCUUGACCCGGUGUUCCAACAGCAGCUUGAAGACGCCCGGUCCCUACUGAGGCAGGAGAUCCAGCGAGAACUGAAGAUCAAGGAGGCAGCGGAGCGGCUGCGGCGUGCUGUCACCAACAAGAAGAGUGCCGCUGAUGUGGAGGGUCAACUACGCGCCUCAACUCGCAAACUGGAGCAGCUUCACUGGGAGCUUCAGGAGCUGAAUGCACGUGCCAUGGCUACAGAGAGAGAGACCACCACAGAUACUGCCAUUUCUCCUGACCCAUGCCACUGGGAGGACUCCACGUCUCCUUUGGGCAGUCGCAUUCGCACCCUGAGGAAGCAGCUGAACAUGGAGCUGAAGGUGAAGCAAGGAGCUGAGAACAUUAUCCAGAUGUAUGCCAGCUGUUCAGUCAAGGACCGAAAGAUGCUGUCCACAGCCCAGCAGAUGCUGCAGGACAGUAGGACUAAAAUCGAGCUGCUGCGCAUGCAGAUUGUUAAAGUGACUCAGGCCAGAGAGGGUGAGCGUGAGGCCUCCGAGACAGAAGCCCGUGCGCUCUCAGGUCGUCCUUCGGAGACCAUCAGCCCCCUGGAGCUGAGAAUGGAGGAGCUUCGGCACCACCUGAGGAUCGAGGCUGCAGUAGCUGAAGGGGCCAAGAACGUGGUGAGGCAGCUCGGAGGUCGCAGAGUUCAAGACCGACGCGCCUUGGCCGAGGCUCAAGCUCGCCUGCAAGAGUCCUCUCAGAAGCUGGAUCUUCUGCGUUUGUCUUUGGAGCGGAGGCUGAUGGAGCUUCCUCCAGACCACCCCAAACUGGCUGACAUUAAAGCGGAGCUGACCAUGGGGACCUCACCUAUCCUGGGGCUGCAGAGGGACCGUCAGCGCUCUUCACCAUCUGCCUCCUCAUCUUCGUUCUUCAAACCUGCAAGUCUUACAGGUCGGCUGGAAGUCAGAUUAAUGGGCUGUCAGGAUCUGUUGGAAUCUGUGCCAGGCCGCUCUCGCGUGGCCUGUGCUUCCUCCUCCCCCAGCAGCCCCUCUGAAGCCAAGUCCCUGAGAAUGAGGACUGGCCUUUCCACACGUAGCACCAAUGGCAAGAUGGCCAAAAGCGAUGAAAUGUCCACGGAAAUCAGCGCAGUGUUGAAGGUGGAUAACCGGAUGGUUGGUCGAACUAACUGGCGGCCUGUGGGCAAAGAAGCCUGGGACCAAAGCUUCACCAUUGAACUGGAGAGGUCCCGGGAGCUGGAGAUUGGUGUGUAUUGGCGGGAUUGGAGAGCUUUGUGUGCUGUGAAGUUCCUGCGCCUGGAAGAUUUUCUGGAUAACCAGCGGCAUGGCAUGUGCCUUUAUUUGGAACCACAAGGCACACUGUUCACCGAGGUGAGAUUCACCAACCCUGUUAUUGAGCGGCACCCGAAGCUACAGCGGCAGAAGCGUAUAUUCCCCAAAGAGAAAGGUAAAAACUUCUUAAGGGCUGCGCAGAUGAACAUGAACUUUGCCACGUGGGGCCGCCUGAUGAUGAGUGUGUUACCACCGUGCAGCAGCACCAUUACUGCUAUGAGCCCCCCGCUGGCCGCCACUGACCUGCCCUCUCCACCACCACCCCAACAACCUGAUCUUACUUCCCCUCCAUCUGCAGAAAAAAACUCCACUUCCACCCCUCCUCCAACAGAAGACUCUGCAGUUGUCAAACUGAACUUCAGCGAGGAGCGACCUCCCAAACCCCCUCGUCUCUAUCUGACAAAGGCAGAGAGCCCCGUGUCCGUGAACUUUAAGGGCAACCAAGCUGAAUGCAGAGGGAGAGCUGUGCUGCAACCCAUUCCUAAGCAAACACAUGAACUGCAGAUGGAUGAUUUCGUCUGUAUCUCUGUCCUUGGCAGAGGCCACUUUGGAAAGGUGCUGCUAGCCGAGUAUAAGAGCACAGGGAAGUUGUACGCCAUAAAAGCCUUGAAGAAAGGCGAUGUGGUGACACGUGAUGAAGUUGACAGUCUAAUGUGUGAGAAGAGGAUUUUUGAGACCAUCAAUGCAUCCAGGCACCCAUUUCUUGUCAACCUUCACGGCUGCUUCCAGACAUCUGACCACGUGUGCUUUGUUAUGGAAUACUCACCUGGAGGUGACCUGAUGACACACAUACACUCCAGCAUCUUCACUGAACGCCAGGCCCGAUUUUAUGCUGCCUGUGUACUCCUGGGUCUCGAGUUUCUGCACCAGAACAAAAUUGUUUAUCGGGACCUGAAACUUGACAAUCUGUUGAUGGACGCUGACGGCUUUGUGAGAAUAGCAGAUUUUGGACUUUGCAAAGAAGGUAUGGGACACGGUGACCGGACAUCCACAUUUUGUGGAACUCCAGAGUUCUUGGCCCCUGAGGUUUUAACAGACAGCACAUAUACCCGCGCUGUGGACUGGUGGGGUCUCGGUGUACUCAUCUACGAGAUGCUAGUGGGAGAGUCUCCCUUCCCAGGUGAUGAUGAGGAGGAAGUGUUUGACAGCAUAGUGAAUGAUGAAGUGCGUUACCCCAGGUUUCUCUCCCCCGAGUCGGUCUCUAUCGUUCAGAAGCUGCUGCAGAAAAACCCAGAAAAACGUCUCGGUGCUGGAGAGCAGGACGCUAACGAGGUGAAAAGGCACAGGUUCUUUCAGGGAGUGGACUGGGAAACCUUACUUACCAAGCGAGUGAAGCCUCCGUUCCUGCCGAGCAUCAAAGCUCCGAGUGACGUGAGCAACUUUGACGAGGAGUUCACGCGCCUAAAGCCCGUGCUUACCCCUCCACACACGCCCUUCUUCCUCACAGCCGAGCAGCAGGAGAUAUUUGCAGAUUUCGACUUCUCUUCGCUUCACUGACUGCCUGAGUCUUGAUGGACAAUCGGAACGUGACACAUCGAGGCUCUGUCCUAAUCCUGCCUGAGCUCUUUCUUUUCAUUCUUUUUCUCUACCUAUGCAGUUGCACCAAGUGAAGCUGAUUCACUGUCACAAGUCUGUGUGCUUUUUCUGCUGUUGGCUGCACUCGUGUGCUUGAGCUACAUCUGAGUUUCUACUGAUGAAUGACAGAAGCACUUGCAGUGUAGCUAUAACUCAAUGCUGUCCUGCCACCAAAAUGAAAGAGAACCUGCUAUCACUGUGAGCUACAUGCUUUCCUGUCCUGCAAUGCAUUGUGUGUGUGUGCGCUUGUGUGCCUGUUAUUAUUGUAGAAGAUCCAUGCUGAAUGGAAUUUUCACUUUUUUUUUUUUUGUUUUUUUUUUUUACUUUCAGCCUCCACAAAGCACUGGUGUGUCUGAGGUAUUUAUCCAGCCAGGUUGGAGCCUCAGUUAAUCCUGAUCAUGAGUGAACUAGUACUACUGGAUCAUUCUUAGUUGGUAUAAAAACCUGAUCUCUAGAGCUCGGGGUCUUGUACCGUCUGCACACAUGAUCGCAGUUUAUUCAAACGAAGACACGUCGAUGCUUAGUUACAUUUUUCCUUUUUCAAUCUCAUUAUAGAUUCUGAGGUCAGACGUCUUCCAGCUUAGAGCUGUAGAGCUUUGAUGUACUCUUACAUUAAAGCCGAGUAGAAACUGAGAUGUUGGUCAGGUUUGUAUGUAUCUAUUAUUUUUUUUAUUCGAAUGAUUUCCACCUGAAUGAAGCUUUGUAAGUAUAACUACCAGAUGUAAAUGGUUACGAUGACCAAAUGCUUCAAUGCAGUCUGACCUCAUCUCUAUAUGAGAGAUUUCCCAUAGAUGACACAUACUCAUAAAUUUAAUUACUGGUAUAGUGACCUAGCUGGUAGCUUUGGAGGUAUGCAGGCGUAUUGACUAUUGACACUAACUUACGCCUUGGUGUUUCUGGGCUUAGCUCCAGAUCCACAGCAGCCCUGACCAGAAUCAAGCAGUUAAUGAUAAUGAAUACAAAAUACCUGAUAAUGGAAGUCUAAGGACAGCUGUCGAAUCUUGUAUCAUUUAAAUCUAAGCGACUUAGAACGUCAUUUCCUGGGCCGAAGGUCGCAUGAAAAAGAGUUCUAUAUUUUGCAUAAAUAUAUGUUGACGGGAUUCAGCAACUGCUCUGAUACUCUGAUUAAAGGGAUUUUUUUUUUAAAGCACAGGAUACCAUCAGAAAUCUUGUCUAUACUAAUGUUACACAUCCAGACGGUGGGUGAAGAAGCCUGUCAGGUAUCCAGGAAAUGCACGGCAACGUUAUCGAAUUCAAAUGUAUGUAUUUGCACAUCCUGAUGAACGUUAAAGGUACAAUAAGUUGUUUGGUUAACCGGCAUUACCUGCUCUCCGGAAUCUAAAGUAAUCUACAUACUGUUCAAACCCAAAGAGUUUAAAGUUUAAAUGAUCACACGACUCUUGUUACACAGAAUAUUUAUAGUACUUAAUAGGUCAUUAAGCAACUUUUAUAUAUUGUACCUUUUGGCCAGUUGAAUCUUCUGUUCAGUUCAUUGUCUCCGCAUGGUGUGUGUGUGUGUGUGUGUGUGGGACAUUUACAAUCUAGCUACAUUUGUUUUAAGCAUCUAACGUGUUUGCAGCCUCUCGGCUCUGAAACAAGCCUCGUAUCAUGUUGUACUCAAACUGUAAACAUCCUGUAAUGUAUUUGUCUAUUUGCGUUACUUGUGUUUUAGAUGCCGUGUUGCUGAAUUCUGAAGUAACGGUUUACUACUGAACAGUGAUUACUGUGAGCAGAAACACUAAAGUAUUUAAAUGGGACUUUCCCUUUAUACAUGCCAAAUGAAGGAAAAAAAAUACAAACAUAAUGGAAGGGGAUGAAUGUAUUUUCACAAAUAAAAUACAAACGUGUCUA